AUGGAAAGAUGCUCCCCAAUGAGCUUAUAUAGUGUACUAGAAGAAGUGCGUGUAUUGAUAAGUUCCUCGUACGUACCAAUGAGUUUCAUAACCAUUGAAGACUUAGGCCAAAAAAUGAUCUCUUGCUCUUCCUUCUUCGACCUCCCCUUCCUCCUCACACUUGCAACCAUUCUUGUCGCCACCUUAUUCAUCAUCCUAAAGCAGAAGCUAUCCAAAACCGCCGUCGUUUCAAACCUGCCGCCGGGGCCAUGGAAGCUUCCCAUCAUAGGGAACAUCCACCAGAUGGUCGGCGACCAACCCCACCGCCGACUCCGUGAUCUAGCCGGCAAAUAUGGCCCCGACGUGAUGAGCCUUCAGCUUGGGGAGCUCCCUUACAUCGUGAUCUCAACUCCUGAAGCCGCCAAACUCGUGAUGAAAACCCACGACGUAGCUUUCGCUUCGAGGCCUUAUCUCCUGGCUGCGGAUAUACUCUACGAUGGCUGCAAGGACAUAGCUUUCGCGCCCUAUGGAGAGUACUGGAGGCAGAUGCGCAAGAUCUGCACACUCGAGCUUCUCAGCGCGAAAAGGGUUCAAUCUUUCCGCCACAUCAGGGAAGAAGAGGUCUCCAAACUCGUGGACUCUCUUAGUACUGCAGCAGGCUUCAGGGGAGCCUGUGAAUCUGACUCUGAUGUUGUCCACUGUUUCAAAAUCUCUGAUCUAUAUCCUUCGCUCAACUUGCUGCCUGUCCUCUCCGGGUUCAGAGCCAAGCUAGAGAAGAUGCGCAAGGAAUCGGAUUCUGUAUUGGAUCAAGUGAUUGGUGAACACAAAUCAAGAAGAACGGCGGGAAGAAAAGGUGAUGGUGAAAAAGAGGAUCUUGUCGAUGUCCUUCUGAAUCUUCAAGAGGAACAGGAUCUUGGAGUACCCAUCACAAUGGAGGUCAUAAAAGCUGUCACUUUGGUGAACACCAACGUCAUUGUGAACGCCUGGGCGAUCAAUCGCGAUCCUCGCCACUGGACAGACCCCGAGAGAUUCUUCCCGGAAAGAUUUGAGAACGAGUCAAUGGAUUAUAAGGGUGCUGAUUUUCAGUUCAUUCCAUUUGAAACCAAGCGAUAUGUGUUAGCAGGGGAAAAACAGAGUACUUUCAUCAUUACAAUGGAUUAUCUCCGCCAAAAGAUGAUCUCUUGCUCUUCCUCCUUCGAAACAUUCAAAAUCCCCUGCCUCUUCACACUUGCAUCCAUCCUUGUAGUCACCUUCUUCAUCAUCCGAAAGCAGAGGUCCAAAACCGCCGCUCUAAACUUGCCGCCGGGACCAUGGAAGCUUCCCAUCAUAGGAAACAUCCACCAGAUGGUCGGCGACCAGCCUCACCGGCGUCUACGAAAUCUCGCCGGCAAAUAUGGCCCCGACGUGAUGAGCCUUCAGCUUGGGGAGCUCUCUUACAUCGUAAUCUCAACCCCUGAAGCCGCGAAAUUGGUGAUGAAGACCCACGACUUAGCUUUCGCUUCGAGGCCUUAUAUCCUGGGCCCAGAUACACUCUACUACGGUUGCAAGGAAAUCGGUUUCGCGCCCUACGGAGAGCACUGGAGACAGCUGCGCAAGAUCUGCACUUUGGAGCUCUUCAGCGCCAAACGAGUUCAAUCUUUCCGCCACAUCAGGGAAGAAGAGGUGUCCAAUCUCGUGGCUUCUCUGACUCGUUCUGCAGAUGCAGGGGAGCCUGUGAAUCUGACUCAGAUGUUGUUUAAGCUAUCGAGUACCGUAACUUCCAGGGCCGCAUUCGGUGAAGUACAGGAGCUAAACGAUGCUUUUCAGAUUGUUGUCAAUAAUAUUUCGGAUGCUUUCGCAGGUUUCAAAAUCUCUGAUCUUUAUCCUUCCUUCAAAUUACUCCCGACCCUCACUGGGUACAGAGCAAAGUUAUAUAAGCUGCGGAAAGCAACAGAUUCGGUAUUAGAAGAAAUUAUCGGUGAACAUAGAUCGAGAAGAAGGGAGGGAAGAAAAGAUGAUGGUGAGAAAGAGGAUCUUGUCGAUGUCCUUCUGAAUCUUCAAGGAAAAGAGGACCUUGGAAUACCCAUUACAAUGGAAGUCAUAAAAGCAGUGACUUUGGAAAUAUUUUUGGCCGGUAUUGAAUCAUCAUCGACAGUACUGGAAUGGACCAUGUCUGAACUUGUAAAAAAUCCGAGAGUGCUUCAAAAGGCUCAAGAAGAGGUCCGGAAGAUGUUAGGCGAUGGCAGAAAAAUUGUAGACGAAGCAAGCCUUCAUCAACUGGCGUACUCGGACAUGGUUAUUUCCGAAGUUCUAAGGUUACACCCUCCCAUUCCUUUACUUGUUCCUAGAGAAAGUAGAGAGAAGGUGGAACUCAAUGGAUAUGAUGUCCCAAUCAACACCAAAGUCAUUGUGAAUGCCUGGGCAAUCAGUCGGGAUCCCCGUCAUUGGGUCGAACCGGAGAAAUUCUACCCUGAGAGAUUCUUGGACUGCUCAACGGAUUACAAGGGGAAUGAUUUCCAGUUCAUUCCAUUCGGUGCUGGAAGAAGGAUAUGUCCCGGGAUUUCUUUUGGGAUGGCGGUUGUUAAACUGACGCUGGCGAAUCUGCUCUAUCACUUUCAUUGGGAACUUCCAUCCGAAACGAAACAAGAAGGCAUUAAUAUGACUGAAAGUUUUGGAACAUCGCUGAGAAGGAAGAAUGCUCUUCGUUUGAUUGUGAUCCCAGUUGAUGCAGCUUGAUGGGAAGGAGAACAAAUGACAAGAUGUAUAAAUAAGUGAAAGAUUCUCGUUAUGAGAUCUUAUGUUCUCCCCUUUUUUCUUUCUUCUUCUUCUUCUUGUUGCUUCUAAUUUCUUCACUCCCGUCAAAAGCACUCUAGUACCUAGCAAAUUUUCUUAUUUUUAUAAGCGCCUUUAUUUAUUGAGGUAAGAGUGGUUGAAUGGAGAAGAGCUACAGGGAGAGAAAAAAAAAUGUUGAAGAUCGUUAGGGUAGACAAUAUCGUCCAACUCAUAAAAUCGUACUUAGCAGUCAUUAAACUCUUUUAUCUAUAUUUAAGUAUUUUCCACUUGUAGAAGAUUGAAGCACCUUAACAAAUAGUUUGUUAUGGAUGAAUUUUGUUACAUAAUAAAACCUAGUUGAGUCGUGAAUGUUGUCCUGCUUAA